AUGUUGGAAUGCGAAUGGACGAACCCUGGGGCGAUGCUACUCUCCCCGGCAGAGGAGGGGGCCGCCAUGGACCAGCCCCUCCAUCUCCGCCACCCCAUCUUCCCCCUCUACGACCGCGGCGGCCUGGAGUUUCCUUGCAUGUUCUCCCCGUUCCCGUCGCCAGCGCCUCCGCCGCCGCCGGCGGCGGUAGCCUCCCCGGAGGACUACUCCUUCCACCGCUAUGGCCUCCCUCUGCCGCCCGCCGCCGCCGUUGACCCCCCCGCAGGCCCGCCCAUGAGAAUUGGGCUGAACCUCGGCGUAAGGACCUACUUCUCCUCCACCCCCGACGGCGAGCUCAUGCGGCUGGGAAGCAACGUCUACCGGCGGUCAAGCGGUGGCACCGCCGCCGCCGCGGCUGCAGCUGGUGGCGGUCUAUUCGGCACGACGAGCUGUGACGGCGGCCGCUGCUCCUCCGCCGUGCGGUGCCAGGCGGAGGGCUGCGGCGCGGACCUGGCGAGGGCGAAGCACUACCACCGGCGCCACAAGGUCUGCGAGUUCCACUCCAAGGCCGCCGCCGCCGUCGUCCACGGCCUCACCCAGCGCUUCUGCCAACAGUGCAGCAGGUGACCUCUGCUCCUUCAUACACGGAAACCUCGUUUUUUCGUCUUUGUUAUCUGCUCGACGGCAUGAGAAAAUAUAUAAUUGUGAUAAGGCUCUUAGGGUUCGUGCGAGUGUCUGCGGUAUAUUUUAAAAAUAAGCAUUUACUGUCGACCGAAUGCGCAUAGGAGGAGGGCUUUUUUUUAUUUGCUUGAUUAUUUGGGGAAUAAAUUCGACCAUCCCUGAGCUCACUGAGUUCGUGCACAGGUUUCACGUGCUGUCGGAGUUCGACCAGGGGAAGCGCAGCUGCCGGAAGCGGCUCGCCGAGCACAACCGCCGGAGGAGGAAGACCCACCAGCCGACGGCCUCUCUGCCGCCGCCGCCGCCGCAGCAGCAGCCUAACCACAGCGCCGCCAGCGCUGGAAACUUCGCCGCCGUUCGUAAGGGUCUUCCUCCUUCUCCUUUCCGGGCUUCGCUCGCCUCUCCGGUUCUCGAGGAAGGAGCUCGUCUCAUCCGUUGUAUGUCGUGGUCAGGGUCCUCUACGGAGGGAGCGCCGCUGGGGAAGUUCGUCGGGGCGGCGACGCCGCCGUCGCCGACUCGGAUGGCUCUGGGGCGGUGUUUGGCGCAGCCGGACGGAUUCCCCGGCGCCAACUCCUCCACCUCGUCCUCCCCCUCCUCGAGGUCCUCCUCCAACUCGGUGCUUCCCCACGCUUCGGACUUCCGGCCUUAUAGUCACAGGCUCCCCAUCUCCAUGUGGGACGCUGAUGCCGAGCCUGAAUAUGCAGCCAAGUAG